AUGCAGCUCCUCAAGAUAUACGUUACAGUUCUUGUGUUGUUCCAGCUGGCGAGAGCCGACUCAGUAUACAACCCUACAGUUACAACUACGCGGUUCUGGACCGGUUCCACAGCCUCCACAACAACUCAAACAAAUGCACCAGGUGGAACUGACUCGGUACUAGUUUAUGCUCCUCACAACCCAACGACCACGGUUACGCGAUUCUGGACUGGUACCACCACGUCAUCCACAACUGAAACGAACAUACCGGGACGAUCAGACUCAGUCGUGGUGUUUGCUCCGUGUAAUCCUACGGUUACAGUGACUCAGUUUUAUGGAGGGCGUGAGACGUACGCAUAUACUCAAACUAGUAAUCCACAGGAGACCGAUAUCGUUGUGAUCUUCUACCCGUACAAUCCCACAACCACCACUACCCGAUUCUGGACCGGCGUCACAACUUCCAAGACGACUCAGACUAACGCACCAGGUAAAACCGACUCGGUGCUAGUAUACGCUCCCCACAAUCCUACAGUUACAACUACUCAGUUCUGGACCGGUAAUGAUGCUUCAACUACGACUCAGACUAACGCACCUGGUGGAACUGACUCGGUGGUAGUUUAUGCUCCCCACAAUCCAACAGUUACAACUACUCAGUUCUGGACCGGUAAUGAUGCUUCAACUACGACACAGACUAACGCACCUGGUGGAACUGACUCGGUGCUAGUAUACGCUCCCCACAAUCCUACAGUUACAACUACUCAGUUCUGGACCGGCGUCACAGCUUCAUCCACGACACAGACUAACGCACCAGGUAAAACCGACUCGGUGCUAGUAUACGCUCCACACAAUCCUACAGUUACAACUACUCAGUUCUGGACCGGUAAUGAUGCUUCAACUACGACACAGACUAACGCACCAGGUGGAACUGACUCGGUGGUAGUUUAUGCUCCCCACAAUCCAACAGUUACAACUACUCAGUUCUGGACCGGCGUCACAGCUUCAUCCACGACACAGACUAACGCACCAGGUGGAACUGACUCGGUGGUAGUUUAUGCUCCCCACAAUCCUACAGUUACAACUACUCAGUUCUGGACCGGUAAUGAUGCUUCAACUACGACACAGACUAACGCACCUGGUGGAACUGACUCGGUGCUAGUAUACGCUCCCCACAAUCCUACAGUUACAACUACUCAGUUCUGGACCGGCGUCACAUCUUCAACUACGACUCAGACUAACGCACCAGGUGGAACUGACUCGGUGCUAGUUUAUGCUCCACACAAUCCAACAGUUACAACUACUCAGUUCUGGACCGGCGUCACAUCUUCAUCCACGACACAGACUAACGCACCAGGUGGAACUGACUCGGUGCUAGUAUACGCUCCCCACAAUCCAACAGUUACAACUACUCAGUUCUGGACCGGCGUCACAGCUUCAUCCACGACACAGACUAACGCACCAGGUGGAACUGACUCGGUGGUAGUUUAUGCUCCCCACAAUCCAACAGUUACAACUACUCAGUUCUGGACCGGUAAUGAUGCUUCAACUACGACACAGACUAACGCACCAGGUGGAACUGACUCGGUGCUAGUAUACGCUCCCCACAAUCCUACAGUUACAACUACUCAGUUCUGGACCGGCGUCACAUCUUCAACUACGACUCAGACUAACGCACCAGGUGGAACUGACUCGGUGCUAGUUUAUGCUCCACACAAUCCAACAGUUACAACUACUCAGUUCUGGACCGGUAAUGAUGCUUCAACUACGACACAGACUAACGCACCAGGUGGAACUGACUCGGUGGUAGUUUAUGCUCCCCACAAUCCAACAGUUACAACUACCCAGUUUUGGACGAGAGAAGAUACAUCCGCCUCAACACAUACUAACGGUCCCGAAUCGACCGACCUUGUCGUCAUCUUUUACCCAAAUAACCCAACCAUUACAACCACCGAGUUCUGGACCGGUACGGAAGCCACAGCUUACACCGAGACGUUUGGACCUCAAGCAACCGACUCGGUCAUCGUUUUGGUCCCUCACAACCCGGUGGUCACUGUUACGGAAUUCUGGACAGGUACAGAAACAUCCACAUCGACGCAAUCGAAUGGAUUCCAUUCGGUUGACGUGGUGCACGUGUUGGUACCUCCAAAUCCUACCACCACCGUCACCGAGUUCUGGACAGGAGAGUCAGAGUCGACAUCGACGCAGACAAAUGGGCCAGAGUCGGUUGACGAAGUCCAUGUGUUGGUUCCACACAAUCCUACCACCACCGUCACCGAGUUCUGGACAGGAGAGUCAGAGUCGACAUCGACGCAGACAAAUGGACCAGAGUCGGUUGACGAAGUCCAUGUGUUGGUUCCCCACAAUCCUACCACCACCGUAACUGAAUUCUGGACAGGUUCGGAAACAUCCGCAUCGACGCAGACAAAUGGACCAGAGUCGGUUGACGAAGUCCAUGUGUUGGUUCCACACAAUCCUACCACCACCGUCACCGAGUUCUGGACAGGAGAGUCAGAGUCGACAUCGACGCAGACAAAUGGGCCAGAGUCGGUUGACGAAGUUCAUGUGUUGGUUCCACACAAUCCUACCACCACCGUCACCGAGUUCUGGACAGGAGAGUCAGAGUCGACAUCGACGCAGACAAAUGGGCCAGAGUCGGUUGACGAAGUUCAUGUGUUGGUUCCACACAAUCCUACCACCACCGUAACUGAAUUCUGGACAGGUUCGGAAACAUCCGCAUCGACGCAGACAAAUGGACCAGAGUCGGUUGACGAAGUCCAUGUGUUGGUUCCACACAAUCCAACGAUCACUAUUGUAGAGUAUUGGACGGAAAGCUUCGAUAUGACAUCUACACUAGUUAAUGGGCCAGAGAGCACAGAUUACUUGAUAAUCAAAAAGCUUUCAAGUGCCGUGGACACGGAAGGUGCGUCAUCAUCUAGCGAGCUUUUGAUUUCUGUCACCGGUUCAGUAACAGAUUUUACAUCAAUAGCAAUGGAAUCAGUUAGCUUGGAAACUUCAUCAAGUGCUGCUGAGAUUCUGGGAAAUGAGGUCACUAGCGUGACGCUGGCCGGUGAAGAAAUCGACGCAUCGACUCAAUCCAACGUUGCAUCUGUACUUUCAUCAAGUGAAUCAAGUGAAUCAAGUGAGACGGGGACAGAACGAGCCGUUGGUGAACAUAAAAAAUUGACAUCAACGUUUUCCGCAGAGGCUUUUGUAGAUAGUCUGCUGUCCACAACUUAUUUGGCCAGCAUGGUGGAAGAAUCAUCGGAUCAAGUGAGUAGUAUGCUGAGAACUAUUUCCAACGUUAGUGAGAUUGAACUCACCACUUCAUCAUCAACCUUUGAUACCGAGUUGGAAACAACUCCAGUGGAGACGCCAACUUUGGAGAAUGUCUUGUCAAGUCAAACAAACGAGUUUUCAGUUGCCCUGGAGACUUUGUCAGAUACAGUAUUGGUUUCAACAAAGUUAAAUUUUUCAACCGAAACCACCAGCAACUCUUCACCGGAUCCCGUACAGAGCUCCCAUCAUGAGUGGUUCUCAACAUCGAUUGCAACAACUUCAAGUGCUGGAGUGUCAAGCGAGUCAGACUGGGUUUACAUCAGCGACGAUCUGUCCUUGCGCGUCUCGUAUCCUGAACCAUCUUUCAGCUCCAUCGAUUUGGAUGUCAAAACUGCCUCAGAUACGGAAGGUGUCACGUCCAGCUACUUCCCAUCUCCAACAAAUUUCAAUUCAGAAGAUGCAUCGAUUUUGGAAGAAUACACUUUGAACAGUUUUUCAUCAAUUGCAGCUAUCCCAUCAUCACACGCGACGGAUUUAAGCGGCACAAGUGACGAGCCACUGUGGUCUCGAACUUUGCCUUCCAGAACUGGUCGAGUUAGAUCAACUUCUUUGGAUUCAGAUUUGAUUAUACCAUCGGGAUUUAGCGAAUCUACAGCAGAAAUUGUGCAAACAGAAACAGACAGUCCAAGUGAGUCAACAGAAGAAGUUGUCACGACGGAAACGGUUUAUCCAAGUGAAGAAGUUGUGACGACGGAGUUAAUUACUCCAAAGGAAUUGACUGCAGAAGUUGCUCAGACCGAAUCAAAUAUGUCAAACGAAUCGACUGCAGAAGUUGUGACAACCGAAUCAAAUGUGUCAAGUGAGUCUACAGAAGAAGCCGCUAUUGAGACAACUUUUAUUGAAUCAACUACAGAACUUGCCAAGACGGAAACAGAUAGUCCAAGUGAGUCUACAGAAGAAGUUGUCAAGACGGAGACAGAUAGUCCAAGUGAAUCGAGUGACGAAGUUGUCAAGACGGAGACAGAUAGUCCAAGUGAGUCUACAGAAGAAGUUAUCAAGACGGAGACAGAUAGUCCAAGUGAAUCGAGUGACGAAGUUGUCAAGACGGAGACAGAUAGUCCAAGUGAAUCGAGUGACGAAGUUAUCAAGACGGAGACAGAUAGUCCAAGUGAAUCGAGUGACGAAGUUGUCAAGACGGAGACAGAUAGUCCAAGUGAAUCGAGUGACGAAGUUGUCAAGACGGAGACAGAUAGUCCAAGUGAGUCUACAGAAGAAGUUAUCAAGACGGAGACAGAUAGUCCAAGUGAGUCUACAGAAGAAGUUAUCAAGACGGAGACAGAUAGUCCAAGUGAAUCGAGUGACGAAGUUGUCAAGACGGAGACAGAUAGCCCAAGUGAGUCUACAGAAGAAGUUAUCAAGACGGAGACAGAUAGUCCAAGUGAAUCGAGUGACGAAGUUGUCAAGACGGAGACAGAUAGUCCAAGUGAAUCGAGUGACGAAGUUGUCAAGAUGGAGACAGAUAGUCCAAGUGAAUCGAGUGACGAAGUUGUCAAGACGGAGACAGAUAGUCCAAGUGAAUCGAGUGACGAAGUUGUCAAGACGGAGACAGAUAGCCCAAGUGAGUCUACAGAAGAAGUUGUCAAGACGGAAACGGAUAGUCCAACUGAGUCCACCGAAGAAGUUGUAACAACGGAGCCCUUAGAAGUCUCAUUGCCGGAAUCGACUGCGUACACAUCGUUCGUUUACUUCUCCUCCUCAUUAGAAGGUUCACCUUUGUAUGUGAGCUCAAUCGCUGCAAAUACACCUUCAGAUUUUGUAACUUCGACACCGUCCGCCAGUUUGCCUUUUUCUUCAGCUCCGAUAAGUUCCAAUGACGAGACGGAUAGCAGUACCUUUGAGUCAUCACUGUACUCAGCAUCGCCCAAACAUUCGGAAACUUCCUUUCAGAGCGUUUCAGAGACGACGACAGAGCUAAUUCCUACUGGCUCCUUGCAAAGUUCAAGCGAGUUGACGAGCUCAACAGAGACGCCUUCUUUACCGGUUGAAUCUUUGCAAUCUCAGGCCGACCAGUCAACAAUAAACCAAGAAUCUGCUUCGUCCACGACUUUACACCUGGAAUUAUCAGCAACUUCAUCAUAUUUUUCCAGCUUCGUCAGCACAUCAAGCACACUGAGCACACCAGACACACCAAGCACCAAUGUUGAAACUACCUUGUCAAUUUCAAGCUCGUUGUCCACAAGUGAAAUGAAAGUCUCGAUCACCGUCGAUGGAGUUUCUUCUCCAUUCUCGAGUUUGACUUCCACUAAUCAAGAAGUAACAAGCACUAAAGACAGCGAUUCUUUGUCAGUUGCAAACUUUGUGUCAAUAAGUCAAGAACUGUCAAGCACCUUUGACGGAGCCACUUUGACAACAACAGACACGUCGUCUACUGGUGAAUACAUGUCAAGCGGUGACGACUUGACUAACUUGACAACUUUGUCGACUUCAAGUCCGGUGGCUACAAGCCAAGACACAUUGUCUCCGCUUUUCCCGACAAUAGUUGUCCCUUCAGCACCGCCCGUGUCAUCAUCAUUCAGCGCUUCACCAAUUUACCCGUCGUAUGGGAAUUUCACUCAAACUGUCCCCAACUCAGGUUCAACUAGCAGCGGCCCAAUCUGGUCCACAUCAAUUGCAGGAGCCGAUCCGCGUGCAGCUAUUUCGGCGUCCACUUCUAGUUUGAGAUACAGCAUCUCAUCGCCUGGUUAUCUCUCGCAAUCGACAACUGAUCCAAAUGCUGGAAAAACAACGUCCACGAUUCAAGUUUUUACUGACGAUAAAACUUUGAUUGAUACUACGCCAUCGACGCCGACAUUAGACUACCUGAUUAUGUCGUCGAGUUUUGUUGGAGUAUACGUUGCGACGACCGAGUCAUCACAUGAAUCUAGACAUUCGCAAGAUGUUGAUGCAGGAGCUACUAGUUCUGGACAAAAGAAGACAAGCGUGCUGGAUUCUAUUGGAUUGGUGGAAACUACAGGCGUUUCAGCUUCAAUUUCAACAAAAAUCGGCACUCUGGAUUCUACUCAAGCAGUCACGACUACGCUUAUAGAUGUUGAAAAAACAAAUUCCCACGAGGAGAACAAGUUGCUGACCUCAAAAACAAGUGACGAUCUAGAGGCUCACAGUUCCAAGACCAUUGCUACGUCAACAGGCAAAGAUCAACACACAUCAAAAAUUGGAACCAGUGAGACAAUUUCUUCACCAAGCGCAUCUUUUGCCACCACCGCCAUGACCUCGAGUCAGCAGCACACCACAGGAACGGAAGAGCCUCGUGUUGACAUAGAUACGUCCAUUCUCGCUGGGGUGGAUCAGCGAUCUUCCGUUGUUUCACGGAAUCCAAAUUCUCGACAAGUUACCCCAGCAGCUAGCUUGACAAAGCAAACUGAUGAAACCAAUGACCUCACGUUGUCGUCCACAACUUCAGAUAUCGCCAAGUCUUUUGAUUCCAAUGCCGAGUCAACAAAUACAGUAUCCAGUUACAGUCACACAGACUCUGUUGAAGCUGGAUACGCAAAAGAAUCAGCGGCUACUAGAGCUCAAGUUCAUCCACCUGAUGGUGCCUCAUCCACGGAUCACCAGUAUUGGAGCGUUGCAUUGCUGACAUCGAAGUCGUCUAUGCAUCCACCAGCACCGUCUUCUCCGGCGCAGGUGUCAAUCUACGAAGGACUGGCAUCAAAGAGCGUCUGCAUCAAAUGGAUUCUUCUUUUCGUUACAAUAUUCGAUAUCAUAUUUUACUAG